AUGUGUAGCGGUUCUACAGCCCACCUCCUUAAAACGCUUGAUGCCACAGACGUCAUCUGGCAGGGACAAUCUUGGUCGCCCAGUCGCUCUACCCGCUCGGCCCCUGUCUGCAUGCAAGGUACAACCUUUGCCCUGGAGCGCACAGACGCACUCGAGAAAGUUCUGGCCAAUCAGCUUCCGGAAGCGUUCUCCGGUCCUCGUUCAAUUUCUGCACCGACGGAAACCUGGGAAUCCGCUCUGAACUGGACGCCAGCUCACGCGUCCUCACGGCCGGACCGAGUGGCAACUUCCUCCUAA